AUGCCGCAUCCCUCCGCAUUCUCACUGCUGCUGCUGCUGCUGCUCAGCCAGGCCGCGGAGCUGAGGGGACUCGAGCACAAUGCGGAGACGCCCUCGCGCAAAGACCGUCGGGAGGAGACGACGACCGCGCCUGCGGAGCUGUUUUCAUCUCUGACGCUGAAGGUAUGGGUGAAGGAUGCAUCCAGUCAGCGGUACCUGAGUGGCGCCGUGGUCCGGGUGUUUGUGAACGGAUCUCUGAUAGAAUCGAGCCAAACUGAGCAGAAUGGAGAAGUGCUUCUGACUGUACCCUACCAGCUGGGGGUCACCCUCACGCUGGUGGCUAGCAUGGAGGCCUAUGUGCCCAGUCAGCUGCCUUGGAAGACCACCAAGAUGCCCAUAUUUUCUGCUGUUACGAUGUCCCUGGUCCCACAAACCCAAGGCAACAUCUGGCUUUUCGAAGACACUGUGUUAAUAACUCGAAAAACAUCUGACGUAUCAUCGCAACCCAUCAUCCAAUUCCCCAAGAGCCUCCUCUUGCUCCCAGAGAAUGCCACCAUCUCCGCGGUAACCGCUUAUCUGACGGUUCCAGCUCCGCCUCCGGAGAAAGAAGGUCAUUUCUGUACCAUGGGGGUCUUCAACAGCAAAGGCGUUUCAGGAUACAUGAGCGUGAAAUUGAGCCCUGUGGUAGUGCUGAGUUCUCAACUGCUGUCCGACGGGAAAGAGAUUGACAUCAAAGGGCCAAUUCAGCUCACUGUACCUUUACCGUACCACACCCAUCUCCGAGCCUCCGACUCCCUGCCUGCUUGGACCUUUGACAUGACCACAGGUACGUGGGUGAACAAGGGUAUCGGCUCUGUUAGGAUGGAAAGAAAUGGUCUGGUCUGGACCUAUGUGGCUCCUCAUCUUGGCAACUGGAUCGCAGCACCAUCUCCAACAUCUAAUGGUUACAUGGGACAUGCAACUUCAAUGGAUUUCAUCUCAUACCAUACAUACCUUCUUGUGGGCAUCUUGGGCGGGACUCUUGUGAUCAUCAUUGGAUUUUUAUCUGUGAUUUUAUGUCACUGCAGAGAGUUGAGCCACGAGACUGAAAGAAAAAGAUGGAACUCCACUAGACUGUCGAUCAUCAAGAAAGACCAGACCACAUCUACCAGCUCAGAUGAAGUCCAUGAGCCCUUGUACAAUAAUGGAGACCAUAAUGGAGAUAGGUCUUACUCAAUAGCCGCAAGAGGUGCAGGUGUCUCCGCGUCGCCUCGACAUCAAGCCAACUAUAACAUCUAUGUCGAUAAUGUUUGCCGACCAGCAGGCAACCUAUACGAGAACAUCGGAACUACAGGCCUAGAGAACCUCAGAGUUGCAGUACCAAACUUGUAUGUUAACAGUGAUGAAGUAGCAAAGCUUAGAGAGAUGUCUGAAAAGAGCGCCUCACGGCAAGCUCCUGGAGAUAAUUCAGCAUAUCGAGACAAGCUGUUCCACAUCUACAACCAACCUGUGGCUAUUGUCCAAGCUCCAGAGCAUUUCCCUGCCCAGGGACAAGCAGAGUCCACCGGAAACAGAUGCGCCACCUUUCCCCGGAAUGGCAUGGAGCAUGGAGCACAGACUGAGCGAAACCUGAAAGACAGUUUCACCCAGACACUGCCAAAAGUCCCACAACAAGACAACAACGUGCAGCCCGCUCUAGAAGGUCCACAGACCUCCACCGCCAACCCAGGAAUCUGGGGGCGCUAUAGUCACUUGCUCGAGUCUGUCUCUGUCCCAGGGACCCUUAACGAGGCAGCUGGAAUGGGUCCUUUCCAUGGUGAGCUACAGGGAAUUUCUGAGCAGACCUUGCUGGAGCUUUCCAAAGCCAAGCCUUCUCCACUUCCUCCUCGGGCAUGGUUUGUGUCUUUGGAUGGUAAGCCAGCAGCCCAAGUACGCCACUCUGUAAUCGAACUCCAAGGAAGGCACCGGCCAGGCAGCAGCAAUGACACAAGCCUGGACUCUGGGGUGGACAUGAACGAACUGCAGCAGUUAGUACGAAAGAGCGAUCAGGAAGGACCCUCAAUCACCAACAUGCCCAAAGUAGCAAGGGGUCGUGGCCAUGAGGAACAGGACUUGAGUAGUAGUGAAAUCGGUAGUCCUGAAGAUACAUCUCUGAGGAACACAUUGGAGGGCAGCAGUGCAGCUAUCCCCAACAUCCCAGAGGAUCAUGAUGCUGGUGACACAUCCAGCGAGUCCAGAUCCACCCCACCACCCAGGAGACUGCGCAAGGUACGGGACAAAAGGCCUGACAAGAAAACGACUCGACAUGUGAGGGAGGAAAGGGCGCAAUCAAAACGUUAGAUGAAUCUACUCCAUGCGCCGAGCUUUGGGGUCUGCCAAAUAUUUCUGGUUUUCAUCAACCUGCCUUAUUGUACU